UGAGGGCGCGAUCCCUCUGGAUGGCUGUGGACCGAGCGGAGCGGGGUGUUUGGAAACCUCGGUAGCGAAUGCUUCGUAGAUGCUGCGCUCACUCCAUCCGCUGGGCUGGUUCUGGUUGUGGGUGUGGGUGUGGGUGUUGCACUUGCCGGGGCAACCCUCCACUGCCGCCGGGAAAGAGGUCGACAUCGCCCACUAUAGAGAGCGAGUCAAGUCCAUGUUUUAUCAUGCUUAUGAUAACUAUCUGGUAAAUGCCUUUCCCUAUGAUGAGCUUCGUCCUCUGACAUGUGACGGGCAGGACACUUGGGGAAGUUUUUCUCUCACAUUGAUUGAUGCUCUGGAUACGCUACUAAUUUUGGGGAAUGUCUCUGAAUUCCAGAGAGUUGUUAGUGUGUUGCAAGAGGGCAUAAAUUUUGAUAUUGAUGUAAAUGCUUCUGUCUUUGAAACCAAUAUCAGAGUGGUUGGCGGCCUCCUGUCUGCUCACUUGCUGUCAAAGAAGGCUGGUGUUAAAGUAGAAGCAGGAUGGCCAUGCUCUGGCCCCCUCUUGAGGAUGGCAGAGGAUGCUGCUCGAAAACUUUUGCCAGCCUUUCAGACUCCAACUGGAAUGCCAUAUGGGACAGUAAAUUUACUACGUGGGGUAAAUCCUGGAGAGACACCAGUUACUUGUACUGCUGGUAUUGGUACAUUUAUAGUGGAAUUUGCUACCUUAAGUUAUCUUACGGGGGACACAAUAUUUGAAGAUGUUGCCAGAAGGGCUCUUAAGACCCUCUGGAAAAAUCGUUCUGAUAUCGGCUUGGUAGGUAAUCACAUUGAUGUAGUAACUGCCAAAUGGGUGGCCCAAGAUGCUGGGAUUGGAGCAGGAGUAGAUUCCUACUUUGAAUACCUUGUUAAAGGGGCCAUUCUGCUGCAGGAUGAGGAGCUGAUGUCCAUGUUUCUAGAUUAUAACAAAGCUAUAAAAAACUACACAAAAUUUGAUGAUUGGUAUCUGUGGGUUCAUAUGUACAAAGGAACUGUCUCAAUGCCAGUUUUUCAGUCUUUGGAGGCUUACUGGCCUGGCUUACAGAGCCUUAUUGGAGACAUAGAUAGUGCAAUGCGAACAUUUCUCAAUUAUUACACUGUUUGGAAGCAGUUUGGUGGGCUGCCUGAGUUCUACAAUAUCCCUCAGGGCUACACAGUAGAAAAGCGUGAAGGGUACCCUCUUCGACCUGAACUAAUAGAGAGCGCAAUGUAUCUGUAUCGAGCUACACAAGAUCCAACACUUUUGGAGCUGGGCAGAGAUGUGGUAGAGUCAAUAGAAAAAAUCAGCAAAGUUGAAUGUGGCUUUGCAACAAUCAAAGACCUAAGAGAUCACAGAUUAGAUAACCGAAUGGAGUCCUUCUUCCUGGCUGAAACAGUGAAAUAUUUGUAUCUACUGUUUGACCCUGACAACUUCAUUCACAACAAUGGAUCAUCCUUUGAUGUCUUGCUGACACCAUAUGGAGAAUGCAUUCUUGAUGCUGGUGGAUAUAUCUUCAAUACAGAAGCCCAUCCUAUAGAUCCUGCUGCCCUGCACUGUUGCCGGAACCAAAAGGAAGAACAGUGGGAGGUCGAAAGCUUAAUGAGGGAAUUCUAUUCUCUGAACAAGAGUAAGAAGUUUACUUUCAGAAGAACUUCAGAUAAAAUGGGAAGAAAACAAAAAGAUUCUACUGAUGCGUCCUCUGAAGAUUAUGAGAGGCAAGUAAGCUCAGACCCGAAAGGAAAAAGGACGGUCCCGUUACUGAGCUGUCCCACUCAACCAUUCAACUCAAAACUAGCUGUUAUGGGACAGGUCUUCUUUGACAAUGCAUGAUUUCUUUGCUGAAAUUCAGAUGUGUUGAAAUCAGUAAACUUGAAUUUUAUUUGCACUUUUGA